GCAUGAAAGUUGUUCACCAGGUCCUGCAUACAUGAUACCACCAUGCAUUUUAAGAACGGGGAAAGCUUCUGCUCCAGCAUACUCUCUUUACGGAAGACAAAUUGAUAAAUCAUGUAACAACUAUCCUUCUCCAGGCCAGUAUAGUCCUGAAAAGUAUCCAUUACCCCACAGCUCUAGAGCUCCAAGUUAUUCAUUUGGUGGUCGAGCUAAAGAAGCUCGUCUUUAUGAGUCACCAGCGCCAAAUAAGUACACAUUGCCUUCAUUAAUUGGUUCUCCAGCCAUAGGACGUUCAUCAGCUCCAGCUUACUCAAUUUGUGGACGACAAAAAAUUGGCUCUUAUCUAGGAGAUACGCAAAAGUUAUAA